CAGAAAUAAUAAAUGGAAAGCUGUCUGUGGAGAAGGAUCAGCCCUGAAACUGUCACCAUCAAGUGUGACCCUGGCUAUAAGAUGGUUGGUUCUCAGAAUAUCUCUUGCUCAGAGAAAAAAUCUCGGAGUCUGGAUGUGCCCAAGUGUGAGAAGGUAGGCACUGAAGAUUGUGAGAUAGUCUUGAAAGGCCAAAAACUCAUACAGUGUAUUUCAAGUCCCCAGGACUCAAAAGCAUUCCUGGAGUUACAUAAAUUGUCUUUGGAGAUUGAAAAACUGGAGUGACAAAGAAACAAAGAGAAAAUUUAUUGAGGCUUUCUCUUGGAUACACACUCAAGAAAGAAGUUACAGUAUCAACAUACUUCACUAUGCAAGAGAGUUCUUGCCACACUUGCACAAAAUACAGUAUCUUUUACCUUACUAACUUUUACAGUUGGGUCUUUCUUAUUAUCCUUUGAAUAGCUGUAGAAUCUGUAGUGAUGCUCAUUCCUGAUGCUGAUAAUUCAUAUCGUCUCUCUUUUUGCUUCCUGACCAG